UUAUAAUCAAUAAUUAGAAUAUUUAAUCUACAAAUGUAUAAUGUUUUUUCUAGCAUAGACACACUCGACCAGUAAUGAGUGCUUCUAACCAAAAAUCAAAACGCUUACAAAAGAAGAGAUCUGCACCAAUUCCAGGAACGAGCAAAGAAAGCGAAAAGAAAGAAAUUGAUGACGUCUCACUACUCUUGACGAUUAAACCGAUCGUCGCAACUCUUUUAGAAUACAUCAAAGAGGUUGAAGAUCAUACUGACCCUGAACAGAAGCAGCUAGGGGAUGACAACCUCAUAGCAGUUGAAAGACUAAAAUACACGCAGCUCCGAGAUAUUUACUUGAAAAUCGUGCAUAAGGACAUGUCUAAGUACCUUCAGUUGUACCAAGAAAAAGUAGAGACUGAUGGAGAGGUCCAAGUUACGAAAAAAAUAGUGAGUAAUGUUAUUGCAAUGCUAAUGCAAACCAUGAUGUUCAUGGGCCGGGAUAUCGAAUAAGCAUAUGGAAUAUAAACUGUUAUUUUAUUCUAAUAAAGAUUUUUUAGUUUA